CAUCAUAUCAAAAUUGACGUGUACGUACAAUCAACCAGCUCCUUUAGCACUGCUUUUUAGAAACAUGUAUACGUUACGAAUGCACGGACUACAAUGAAGAACGCGAAGACGUACUGCUUGGAAAAAUCAAUUGCGCUUGCGCGAACUUCAGUCAAGAUAUCAUGAUAUGACUAUUUUUCUGUGAGAAAUAUCCGUUGUAUUUUCGCUACUGCGCCAAAUCGAUCGGAUAAUCGCCUACUUUUCUCUCCCGCGCAAAAUGCGAGCAACUUAUUUCUAUAGCACCUUAAAUUACAUCUUGAUAUUUUAUGUUAUUUUCGUUGGUAUAUUUAUGUUAAAUUAAGGAAUUUUACCUUAGAAAAACGCUAAAAGAAAAAUAUUAGAUAAUAUUCUUUAUUCGAGGAAGGAGGUAGGCAAAAUCAUUUUGAUAUCUCGUUCCCAAAUGUAUGUGGAAGCUCGAACAAGAGUGACCUGUAUUGAUAGUCAGUUUCUUUAUCUUCUUCGAAUUUCUCUGGUCGCAGUUGGAUUAUGGCCUUAUCAUCGAACAAUGCUUGUUCAAUUUCAGUCUUGUGUGUUUUCUCUUACUACGAUUAGCUUUAUUAUAUUUCAGCUUACAACACUUCUAACUAAGAAUUCUACAGAAUGGACUAUUGACUUUAUCGUAGAAAUACUUUCUAAAUCACUUUUUCUUUUUUUGUGCGUAAUUCCAUACAAUUUUAUUUGGAUUAACUCACAUUGUGUGACGCAUAUAUUGGAAAAUCUUCAGUAUGUCUGUAGCGAGUUAAAGGAUGAAAACGAAGGUGCUAUAAUAAAAAGAUAUGGACAUAUUGCAAAAUGUGUUGCAAUUGGAUUAACAUUGUUGGCGAUAUGUAUCUUAAUCAUCUUUACUGUCUUGCCAAUUCUGCCGCGGAUUUUCGACAUCUUUUUCCUCGUAAAUACUUCCGAAUCAUAUCGCAAUAUAUAUAUCACAACUGAAUAUUUUGUCGAUAAAGAAAAAUAUUUUUAUUUUAUUUUGCUGCAUAUGUACGCAGCCCAUUACAUAGCACUAGGUACAUUAAUAGGGGCAGGUAUAUUGUGGACAGGAUACUGCAUAUAUUUUUGUGGAUUAUUUGCGAUUGCUAGUUACCGCAUCGAACAGGCAAUGCGAAUAAAUAAUAGUGACGAAAUAACUAAUCGAAAGGACAAGAGAAAGAUCGACAAGAAGAUAAGUCAUGCGGUGGACAUUCAUCGCGCAGCUGUUGAGUUGACUGAAUUCUUUAUAUAUAACUUGGAGGAAACAUGCAUUCUUCUAAUGGCGAUUAUUCUAAUUUGUUUGAGUCUUAAUCUGUUUGGAAUCGUUCACGCCAUUAAUUUUGUAUUUAGUAUGGAAAAUUUUCUAUUACACUGUGGUUUUACGCUUACCACUUUAACAGCUUCAUUAGGAGGCCACUAUGCCGGGCAAGAAAUUACAGAUCACUAUAAUUACAUAUUUUCAUCCGCAUAUAACAUUCGAUGGUACGUUGCACCUGUACGCGUGCAAAGAUUAAUAUUGUUUCUGUUGCAAAAAGGCACUAAGCCUUAUAGAAUGAAAUUCGGUGGUCUUUAUAUAACAUCUUUAGAAAACUUUGCCUCGGUAAACCUACUAUACAUUAUGUAUCAAUAUGUAUAUAUAGUAUACAUUAUACAGUAUAUAUAUAUAUAUCCUGAAAACUAAAAUGACGUUUUCAUUACAGGUAUUAACUGCAUCAAUAUCGUAUUUUACUGUUAUAUAUUCUAUACAAAAAUGAUAUUAAUAUGAAUCAGCUAAUAUUAUGUUAAAACUAAUAUUAUGUUAAAGUUAAUAUUAUGUUAAAACCAAAUGGUAAACCAUCAAAGAUAAGUAACUUUCUGUUCUUAAAAGUUCCGUUCUUAAAUAACUGAUGCCUGAAAUUAUCAGAAAAUGAAUAAAGAAGAUGAAAAAAAAGAAUAUAACAAGAGAAUCUCUCGAACCCGAUAAUUCCGACAAUUAAUGACGCUUGGCCAUAGACAUAUAUAAAUAGACAGAGCAAUAGGCUGCAAUAGACACAGAGAAUGCGUACAAUCUCUAUUUCUAUCGCAGUCUAAUGCUCCGUCUAUUUAUAUAUGUCUAUGCACUUGGCAUAAAUGUUAAUUAGGUAAAUAGAUGAAUUUACUAAGUUUUCAUUGCGGUUAAAAAACGGUUUGAAGAGGUGUAACCAUCCUUCAAAGAUAUAGAUGCUUUCACUUUUUUUCAAUUAUCUUGUAAACGAAUUAAAAUAAAAAAAACUUUGUUUUAUACAAAAGUUUUGUAGAAAAAAUAGCUCUAUUUAACUAGACUAUUAUCUUAACUAGACUAUUAUUUACUAUAAUAAGAGUUUGGCCUACAAAACUUUUAUAUAAAACAUUUUUUAAUAUUUCAUUUGGUUGUCGAAGUAUAUUAAAAAAACUUGAAAUCCUCCAUAUUUUUGAAGGGCGAUUUCCCCGCUUCAAACCGUUGUUUAGCUGCAAUGGAAAAUUUCUAAAUUCAUCUAUUUACAUAAUCUACAUUUUAUGCAAAGUAUCAUUAAAAACAGAAUUUUCGAGUUUGAGAGAUUCCCUUGGAAGAAAUUGUUUCACAUUACAUAUGUACUUUUUUCUACAAAGUUUGUGCUUUAUGUAUGCCCAGAAACGUUUCUGAUUCAAUUAGCAUUAGGCGAAUGUGAUGACUACGGAAUUUUGAAUCGCAAUGCGUAUGCGGCAUUCAUGGCGAAAUUUGUCUUUCGAUCAUAAAGCUCGUACGAUACUUGAAGCUUUCUCUACAAGGCAUCUUAGGGAAGGAGUUUCAUUUCCAUCGAAGGGAUUUACCGGUUCCCAUUGGAAUUUCCUGUCUAAUGGUUUCCAUGUAAAAGUGUCGCCAGACACUCUCUUAUCAAUCAGAUUGUAUAUUCCUCCCGUUUUUUUAGUGGUUUUAAUAACGAAUACAUGUUAUAACAAUUAUCAUUAAAUAUUAAAAACAUUAAAUAUUAAAAAACCGGGACUAUAUGUUGUAAUUCAAUAAAUACGUGUUUUC